UUUUAUUCGAUUUUUUCAAAUGUUAGGAAACAUUUACUAAAAGUGGCAGGCGGGGUUUUGCCAGCGGUCAAGAAGCCUUUAUAGAUCCUCGGAGACCCAGGGGCAGCCAGUCGGAACGACGCGAUAUUUUUGGGGGAAGAUAUUUUCGGGCAAAAGCUCUUGAUGUAAGCUUUCGCCCAAAAAUAUCGAUCAAACCGGGCCAACCAAUAGGAAUGGCUCUUACCAUGUUUUAUUCCUUUUCCGAAUUCCCUACAUAAGUAAAUAGAAGUAGGACAAUGAACCGGUUUGACAAAAUGGAACGGCAAUUUUCGGUCGGAAUAUUCCGGUUGGAAGGAACCGAAACGAAACUUUCCAUGUGACUUCCGACCAAAAUUUCCGGAAUCUUUGGCAUAAUGGCAAGCACCCUUAAAACGGACGCAUUGCAGACCUAUUUAGACUGUUGUCGUUCCCAGGGUCUCACCGGUCUUUCAAGAUGGCGGUCCAUCAGUUGCCACAUCGACAACUAAUUCGACUAAAAUGAGAUUGCUUCGUCACCUUCGUCUCUGUAGAAAUACAGAAAUGAUGCGUCUUAGCACUAAUUUUCCAUAUUUGAUGUCAAGGGAGUGGACCUCCUGAAAAGAAUGCUCUAUAGAUAUUUCUUGAAACGUAGAAAAUCGGUGUAUCUUGAAGCCCCAUGUUUAAUAGUGACUUGCGUCCAAAUUCACUAAAACUUAUAAGAAACAAUUCUGCCUUGAAAAAGUUCAUGGCGGGACCUCCGCAAGCCAAGUUGGAUCACACUGUAGUAACGAUCUCGAAUGGCGGCAAGAAGGAAGAUUCUGCAGGCCAUAAAGAGCUGGUUGUUCUUGGAUUCGCUCUGGAUUCUUUACCUAAAGCAGCCCAGUUCUUCAUUUGUUGUGGAGGAGUAUUUUUAUUUUAUCUUAUAUAUGGAUACGUACAGGAGUGGAUAUUUAGGACAGGAAUGAAGCCAUUUGGCUGGUACCUGACACUAGUUCAAUUUGCAUGGUACUCUGUAUUCGGCAUAUUUCAAACAAGCCUUCAAAGAGAUAAAACAAGAAAAAUUCCCGUAAAAACAUAUUCAAUUCUUGCCUUUUUAACUGUGGCUACUAUGGGUUUAUCCAAUACUUCUCUGAAUUAUUUAAACUACCCCACACAGGUCAUUUUUAAAUGCUGCAAGUUAAUUCCAGUGAUGGCUGGUGGUAUUAUCAUACAAGGAAAAACCUACAGACUCAUUGAUUUUUUGGCUUGCCUUUGUAUGAGUAUUGGUUUAAUACUGUUCACUUUGGCUGACAGCACUGUUCAACCUGAAUUUAACCACACGGGUGUAAUUUUGAUUUCCCUGGCUCUCUGUGCUGAUGCUGUUAUUGGAAAUGUACAAGAGAAGGCUAUGAAGGCACACAAGAGUUCCAACACAGAAGUGGUGUUGUAUUCAUAUGGUAUUGGAUUUGUGUAUAUUUUAAUUGGUCUGGUAUUUUCUGGUGAGCUAGAGCCAGCAUUUAGAUUUUGUGCCCAGAACCCUUUCCAAGCCUAUGGACUGUCAUUCAUCUUCUCAAUCUCAGGAUAUCUAGGGAUCACAUUUGUGCUUACUCUUAUCAAAGCCUUUGGCGCUCUUGUUGCUGUUACAGUGACAACCGGCCGAAAAGCUGUGACAAUGGUGUUAUCCUUUAUAUUCUUCGCAAAACCAUUUACUAUAAAUUACGUUUGGUCUGGCUUCAUUGUUCUCCUUGGGAUCUUUUUGAACGUUUACAGCAAAAAUGAAGCAAAAAUCAACGCGUGGGUAAUAAAACACGGAGCAAAAUAUUCCACGUACUUGUCGCAUAGACGGCAGAAGAGAACUACGCUUAUGGAAAACGUUUGAUGUCCAAUUUUCAAAAUGGCAUCGGUGUUUUUUUAUCAGAGACGAAGUCCAUCUGUCUCGCUGUCAGGAUCAUUAUUGAAAAGUCUCAAACGCAGAGCCUCUCAAGAACGGACUGAAGUGGAGAGCUCACUGAAGCGGACACUUCUCUAAGUUGACGCCUAUCGAUAUCGAAGACCUGUUGAAUAAAGCAGAGUUUACAUUUUACGACAGCUUACACUUUUCAGAAGUGGACUCAUCUAUUCAUGCCGGACUUCUCUCGAAAGUGGACACAUCUCAAAAGCAGAAACCUCCCUAAGUCCAUGGCCCCUUGUCUAAAAUAGACACUUCGCAGCAGCGGACACCACUCCACCCUGAAGUGGACACCUGUAUGAAGCGUCCACUGCCUAUUUCUCUUCAAGACGUCGGACACCGCUCUCUCGCUAACACUGGUGCAGGAAACGAGGAUGCCAUUUCACAGUUUCUUCUGUACUAUUGUGAAGUUGCGAAUAACUUGUAACUACCCCAACUGUAACUAUUGAUCGGGGUUUGAAUUGGGAUGUGAUAAAAUUGUCUUAUACUUUCUUGUAGAAAAUUUAUUUUUAUAAUAUUUAUCUCGGUAAAUGUUAUGUAUAAACAUGAUAGAUCCGGCCAAUGCUGCAAGUCUUAAUGAUUAUUGUGUUAUAAGAGAAUGGGAGUAUUCAAAGGAAAGUCAAAGAAUAUUUAUUCUUUUAUGGAAAAGAGUUCCGUGAGUUAAACUGAAAAAAAAAAAAUACUUAGUGGGUGGUCUCUCGUUCUGGUUCAUUACAAAAAUUGUUACUUGUUAAAUUGAUCAAUCAUGCCCUUUGCGGCGCACUUAAAGAUUCCAAGGGAAAGUGGAAAACCUAUACUUAUUACUUUCUUGAAGGUCGAGGACGAGAUUUAUGGAUCUAUAUAAACUUUCCAACCGAUUUAACAUGCACGUGAGCUUGGGAACAAUGCCUGGGUUUUAGACUAAUUCUGCUUCAGUAUUUGAAGCUAUCACACAUAUCAGAUCUCUGUUUUUGAAGCCGAGCGACUUAAAACUCAAUUCAAGCCGUUUUUGGCGACCUUGCAGUUCGUUCACUAAAGGCUGGUUUUCGAGAAAUGCUCUAUCAGCGCAUGGCAAAUUGUGAUUUACAAGGACUGAACUCUAGCGUUAGCCAGCUUAAGUUAUUGGUCACAUGGGAAGCUGCAUUUGGUCUGCCAUCGUAGCCUUAUCGGCAUUUGCUAUUUUUCCUACUCGGACACUACAGCUGUACUGAGCUGCUGCUUUUUUCCUUAAGAGUGAAAAUGGCGCAUGCCUAGAGGCAGUACAUGCGAGAGGUGGUACUCGUGUGUUUCCUCCACGCGUCCUCGCGUGUACUCGCGCCAUAUAUUCACACCUGCAUGAUGCACCCGUUACUCUAUACGCAGGCUAAUCAAUGUCUUUCUGUCACUCGUGCUUUGUGUUAACUACAAUUCUGCAAUGACGUUAAAACUAAGUGUAUCAAU